CUAAAUGUCAACCUUGAUUGUCAAUAUUUACUAAAUAUUAGUAUAUUGUUAAUUUAAUUGAUGUUAUAUCAUUAAAGUAGUGUAUAUGCUUCAUUAAUAGUGAGAUGGCACAAUAUAAUCCGAAUGAAUAUUGGAAUCAACAAAAUCCACCAGAUCACAGCUAUAAUUUUGAAGUACCAGACGAUUUCGGUUUUCAAUCAUUCGACAAUGAUCCAAAUCAACAACCAUUGUCCAAUCAAAAUCAAAUGUAUCCAAAUGUUCCAUUUACCCCAACUGAAAAUGUUUACACCGGUCAAGUUUAUGAUCCAAAUUUAAUGCCAAAAACUGACCAAUAUUCUCAUGGAGGAGGCGGAGGAGAAUUUGAUGAUGAACCACCACUACUGGAAGAAUUGGGUAUAAAUCCAGAUCAUAUUCUCAAAAAGACAUUAUCAGUAUUAAAUCCCAAAGAAGAUCCCGAUCCGAAUUUGUUCAACGAUACUGAUAUGGCCGGGCCACUUGUUUUUUGUUUAGCAUUUGGAGCUUUUCUUUUACUGUCUGGCAAAGUGCAUUUUUCCUACAUUUAUGGUAUCGGUGGAAUUGGUUGUUUGGGCAUGUACAGCCUUCUUAAUCUAAUGUCUCAACGUGGAGCAACUCUGAUGGGUGUGGCAUCAGUUUUGGGAUAUUGCCUUUUGCCAAUGGUACUUCUGUCAGGAGUUAAUGUCAUUGCUAGUCUUCAGGGUGCAGUAGGAAUGUCAUUAUCGGGUUUAGCAAUACUAUGGUGCAGUUUCUCAGCGGCAAAAUUAUUUGCAGCCGCCCUGGAUAUGACUCAGCAGCGUGUUCUAGUUGCUUACCCCUGCGCCCUGCUGUACGGCAUGUUUGCUUUAAUUACUAUUUUUUAGCAAAAUUCUCAACUGUUACUUAAAUUUGAGUGCAAGAUUCUUUUUAUAACAGUUCAUGUUUGUCAAUCAAAACUGCAAUACAGAAAAUGAAGUCUCAGAGUAC